AUGAAUAGCCUUUCUCAGCAAAUGAAGUAUUUUACCCAUUCUGUCAAUGCAAUCGAAAUGAAGAGGAGUAAGUGUGGCCUAGCGGAAGAGAAAAAGGAUAAUGAUGGUGCUAAUAACAUCUUAAUUCAAUUACAUGCGAGAGAAAGAUCUAAUAAUAUCUCGACAACAUUGAAGAGGAAAUUGAGGUUGGGAGCUACAAUUCUUCAAAAUGGUGGAUUGGAAAAACUAUUCAAAAGAAAUUUCAUAGUCACAGAUGGUGAGAGGCUUGUAACUACAUCCCAAUGUUAUUUAUCAACAACAGCUGGUCCAAUUGUAGGCCUUCUUUUCAUCUCUUCUGAAAAGAUCGGUUUUCUAAGUGAGCGUUCAAUCAAAUUAUAUUCGCCAAAUGGGCAUUUUGCUAGAGCACACUACAAGGUGAUGAUUCCUCUAGCGAAAACAAGCAGGGCAAUUGAAAACAAAAACAUCAACAGACCUGCUGAGAAAUACAUUGAGAUUGUUACUGUGGAUAAUUUUGAUUUUUGGUUCUUGGGUUUCUCAAAUUAUAGAAGAGCUUACAAGAAUCUUCAAAGGGCAAUCUCUCAAAACUAACAUCUCAGUGAUAGAUCACUGCUGCAACU